AGCGAACGGCGAGGAGCCGUUACUUAUUUACAUAUUCAUAUAUUUAUAGAUUUAUGCAGCUUUAUUUUUACAUAUUCCGAUAUUUACACAUUUAGACGUGUCAAUAUUUGAUAUCUGGGGAUUAAAGCGGUGAGUUAGAUGAUGUCUGACGGCGGCGGUCUGUGUUUAUCUGAGGGUGGAGAGCUGCCGCGGUUGGUGGAGGAUCAGCAGCCCGCUCAGAGCGACCCGGAACCCGCAUCCAAAACGCCACCGAGAGAGCUGUUUCAGAAUGAAGGUGGUGAAGAUGAUGCUGAUGAGGAAGGUGAUGAAGAUGACGACGGCGAAGACGACAGCGGCACAGACGUCCUCUCUAACGAAGAAAAGCCGUGCACACAUUUAGAGCGGGCUGAGCCGUUCGGCAGCGGGGGGCUGCCUCACGUCUUCCAGACCAGUCACCUGGUUUUCUACGAGAGAUUUAAAGCAUAUCAGGAUUACAUGCUGGGGGACUGCAAACCGUCUGAGGUGAAGGACUUCACUGCAGAUUACCUGGAGAAGGUGGUGGAGCCGUGUGAUUGGCAGGCGCUGUGGCACACCGACGUGUUUGAUGUUCUGAUUGAAGUGGAGGACGUGGACUAUAAGGAGCUGCGGGCGAAGGUGGAGCUGGUUGUGCCGCUGCAGUGCGAGGCUCGUGGCUGUGACCUCACAGAGGAGGCCAUGAAGACGUUACUGGAGGCCACGAUGAAUAAAGUGUCUCUUCAGGAGCUCCAUGUCGUUUAUGACGAGUCUGGAGACUUUGAUCAGACGGCUUUGGCUCUGGAGCAUCUCAGGUUCUUCUACAAGCACAUCUGGAGGCAGUGGGACGAGGAAGACGAGGAUGAUGAGUUUGACUACUUCGUUCGCUGCGUGGAGCCUCGUCUCAGACUGUACUAUGAUAUUCUGGAGGACCGCGUGCCGACGGGGCUGGUGGAGGAGUAUCACUCGGUUCUGCAGCGCUGCUCCCAGACGUUCCGGGAGUUUUCCAGCCUGCGUAACGGCCUGAGCAGCGACUCCGAGUCGGAGCUGGAUAACGUGUCCAUGGUGGAGGGGCUGCGCAUGUACGAGCAGAUGGAGGCACUCAAACGCAAACUGCGCAUCAUCGAGAACCCGCUGCUCAGGUAUGUGCUGGGCUACAGGAUGAACUGCGGUCAGCUGUCCUGCAGUGCGAAGGGUGAGCGCCCUGGGGGGGGCAGGGUGGUGCACGUGGUCUCCAGCUCCAGCAGCGUCCAGCUUCUCCACGGAUUAAUGAUGGAGAAGCUCCUCCCUCUUUACUCCGGCAAGGAGUUCGAGGUGCAGUUUCACAGUGACCCCUCAGUAGCAGUCAGCUCCUGUUAUGAAGGUGAUGUGGUCAUUAUCUGCCCUGGUCACUACACCGUCACCAACUCCAUCAGCAUCGCCGACUCCAUCCAGGUGGAAGGUUACGGGUUGCCAGAUGAGAUCGUUAUUGAGAAGCGAAAUAAAGGAGACACGUUUGUGGAGACGACCGCCCCCGACGUCAAGCUCUCCAACCUCAAGUUCAUCCAACAUGACGCUAUUGAAGGAAUAAUGUGUGUGCGUCAGGGGAAGCUGGACAUGGAGAACUGUGUGCUACAGUGUGAGACUACAGGAGUGAUCGUCCGCACCUCGGCUCAGCUCGUCAUGAACAUGUGCGACCUGUACGGCUCGAAGGGAGCCGGUGUGGAGAUCUAUCCCGGCAGCGUGUGCAGUCUCGUGGGAAACGGCAUCCAUCACUGCAAGGAGGGCAUCCUGAUUAAGGACUUUGCGGACGCGCUGGACGUCCUUCCUCAGAUCACCAUGAUGAACAACGUGAUCCACAAUAACGAGGGUUACGGGGUGAUCCUGGUGAAGCCGGACGCUCGUGCUGCGGAGGGUCAGCCUGCAGACGCCCAAUCUACAGGAGGCGAGGUGGAGGAGGAGCAUAAAGAAGGCGGAGCUACGGAAGCAGAAGGUGGGGCUACUGAAGGAGAAGGUGGGCCCGCAGCAUCGGAGGCGGGGUCAGACUGUGACGUGCCGACCAUCGUGGUGGAGGAGAGUCCAGCCGAAGCUCAGCCGAGCUCGGUUCCUCCGGAGUUCACCGAAGGCAACGAUGCCAUCAAGCGGGAGCUGGUGGCCACCUCGGUUACCAAGCGGCGCCUCCAGAAGAGGCGCAUGAAGGAGCUGGGAGCCAUGCAGGCCGACGAGAACCUGCUGUCUCAGGAAAUGUUCGUUUCUAUUCACGGAAAUCAGUUCCGGCGUAACGGGAUGGGCAGCUUCGGAACGUUCCUUUAUUAGAACCUUAACGAGCGGACUGCAGACGUAGAGGUCACUCUGUCGUCCUGCUCUCUGGUUCUUAGCUGUUCGUCUCUCUGAGGAAAAACUCGGCGUUUUCAGAAACUGCUUUCUCACCGUUUUGUAAACAAUGUUGGGACACUGAUGUCGUUCCUCUGUCCGAGUGAAUCCUCGGAGUUAUGUAGUUAUUAUAGUCUAACUAUAAGCCAGUACCGCUCACUGGGGGCAGUGCAUAUAGCAAUAGUCAUAUUUCAGGUCCUUGAAGGGGAAUUCCACUGAUUUCUCAAAAUUCCUCCAUAAUCCAGCGUGUGAGGUGUGAUCAGAGGGUUUGGUGUGAAACGGUUCAGACGUCUCUACAGUGGUGGUGAUGGGAACCAGGCGUCGCCAGUUCAUGUAGGAACUUUCUGUGAGGAGCUUUUAGAGGGGGACGUCUGGUUCCCAUCACCACCACUGUGAGCAGCUCUGAAUCUUGACCUGUUUAAUUUUGCAGAAAUUUGGUGUAAUUGCCCUUUAAUGACCAUGUAAUGAAGGAGGCGCGGUUUCCCCAUAAAGAUAAACAGCUCCGGCGUGGACUUCCUUAUAUGGGCGUGCAGCCGACCUCAGGCUGACGCUGGACUUUAGAGGUUUUUAGAGAUCACCGCACGCACGACACACUUUAAUCUUUUCUAAUUUCCUGUGUAUUUAUUCUCUUAAUUCUUCAGUCGGGCUGCGCCGUCCGGUUUUAAAGAGUGAGGUUUUUAUAUGUAUAUAGCACCGUGUGUGUGAGCGCACUGGGACGUUAGCGGUUUGGUCUGGUGUUAACACGAUGCACUAACACGGACGUUACCUGCUGCUUUAGUUUAGCACUACACCACCUUCAGCUCUGGGGAGGCGUUAUUGGUUUCUCUGGCUUACGGCUUCACCUUUCGUGAGACACGUACUUGUUUAAUUCCUGUUGAUUAAUUUUCAGUGGAUUAAAGGUCUGGUAAAACCUCAUUACACUGCAGGCACUUUGAUUAAUUAUAACAUUCAGCAUGUCCUGCCAAAAAAAAAAAUCCACCUUCAGUAAGACGCUGCAGUUUGACCUGCAUUAGCCUGAACGUUUCCCACAGCCGGCGGAGUCGAGGCGGCUUUUAUUAAAGAGGCAUUGAGACGUUCUAAUAAAGGCGGUGAGUAGUAAUGGUUUAAACUGGGUCCCGACUGAUUUAGGGCUUUAGUCAUUAUAAACGAGGGGCACCUACAAGCUCAGCGCUGCUCAGAGCAUCGUUUGUUCAUUGUAAAUUUAAUAUGCUGAUUUCACAACGUUAAUAUGCAAAUGAGCCUCUAAUGAGUGAGGGUUUUACUGUUUGAGCAUUCUGACCAAUCACAGAUGUUCUUUGGGUGUUUUAAUAAAUCUUGGCUUUUAUAUUCCAUA